GUUCCAAGGUUCCGGUGCACGCGGCUCUCUAUCUACAAGCGUAUUCUAAAGAGAUGAUGCACCAUGAGCGUAGCACGAUAGGAAGGUGGCGGCAUGUGUUGGUGUAUAUAUGCACUCCGUGCCAGCAUUUCAUCCCACAGACUGUUCAGUUGGGUACUUACUUUUGAUCGUAUUUUUGAAGGUGUGCUAUCAUCAUGUUCCAAGAUAUUACAAAACCGCCACCGUCGCUUCCCACAAUAGAACUUCUUCGAGUAGACACAGGAGUAUCCGUACUGUCACCACUAGUCCGUAGAGGUACUGGACCUCCAUUGAUCAUCCUCACUGCAAACAACGAUGACUCCACAAAAAUAGUUGAAGGAGUCCCAUCGCAUCUGGUAAAAUGGGCUGAAGAGGGAUUUACGGUUGCUGAAAUUCAGCAACACGCACUCGAGGAACAUGCAGCCGGGGCCUUGAAGCGAAGUAUCCAGGCUUUGAGGGAGAACCCAAAAUGCGAACCUAAAGACAAUAUUGGACUCGUUGCGUACGAACCAGCUUCAUGGAACCUGGCUGCAGAUGCUGUCAACGACAGACCCGAUAUCAAGGCUGCAGUAAUUUACGCAGAUGCCUCGGAAAAAGUUGCUAUAUCAGCUUCAAAGGUGGCUGUUUUGCAUCAUUUGGCAGGCAGUAAAAGCAACAAUCCGACGAGAUCAACCCUUCUAACAGAAUAUCACUAUCCCGGAGUCGAGACCUACAAGUUCGCAACACCCUUUCAUAAUGCCUUCCACUACACCACGGAAGCACUGUCACAUACUCGCUCUCUCACACAUCUCAAGUCUCGCUUGGGUGGCCCUUAUUUUGAUCUCGAAGUCAUUUGGGAUGAACACUGUUACUAUGAAUUCGCGGAUCGGUCGGUUGAGCAUACCAUGAGCACGAUGGUACAAGAGCCAUACGUCAAUCACGUACCUACUCUUACAGGAGGCGUGAGCCGAGGGCCACUGACGGAUUUCUACCGGCAUAACUUCAUUUUCAACAAUUCUGCUGAUACAGCACUGGAGCUUGUCAGCAGGUCUAUUGCAAUUGACCGGGUCAUCGACGAGUUCAUCUUCAGUUUCACGCAUGAUCGUGAACUGGACUGGCUGGUACCUGGAAUCCCUCCGACAAAUCUGAAAGUCGAAGUCCCAUUCUCAGCUGUUGUUAACAUUCGUGGAGACCGCCUAUACCACGAACACAUCUCGUGGGAUCAAGGCACUGUUUUGAGGCAGCUGGGGCUGUUGCCCGAGUAUCUUCCAUUUCCUCACCCGCUGCCAGAUGGUAGAUCUCCUGCGCCAGGCAAAUCGUUCGAAUAUCGAGUCCCUGUCGCAGGCACCGAUACUGCAAACAAGAUGCGUGACCGGAAUCUAGUGCAGUCAAAUGAGAUGUUCGACUUCAAGAUCAGAGAAGUGUAGAUUAUAAUUAGAUAGUACACAUUUGAAUGAUUGCUAC